GGGAUUUUAACAACGGUGUUGAACAGUAACGCCUAUUUUCUCGCUCAUACUAUUUUUGUUUGCAUUCCCGCGAAGCUCUGGAAUUUGUGAAUAUGGUGAUUAAAGUUUACAUCGCAUCCUCCUCUGGAUCAACAUCGAUCAAGAAACAGCAACAGGAUGUCAUGGGCUUCUUGACAGUCAAUAAAAUAGAUUUUGAGGAGUGUGACAUUGCAGCUGAUGAAGAAAACAGAAAGUGGAUGAGAGAGAACGUUCCAGAUGAUUUCCGACCAGCCACAGGGAACCCCUUACCACCUCAGAUCUUCAAUGAAGAGAAAUAUUGUGGGAACUAUGAGGCGUUUUUCUCUGCUCGGGAGGACAAUGCUGUGUACGCGUUUCUUGGUUUGACUGCACCCCCAGGUUCAAAGGAAGCAGAAGCUCUGGCUAAGAAAAUGCAGAUGUAAUCUAAAGAAGCCGCUCUAACACAGCUGCUGAACUCCUGCACUUUUUUAUUUUUAUUGUUGGUCCUUUUUUUGUUUGCACCUAUGAAGUUAUACAGUUGAAUUCAGGAUUACUAGCCCCCUUUUGAAUUUUUUUUCUUUUUUAAAUAUUUCCCAAAUGAUGUCUAACAGAGCAAGGAAAUUUUCACAGUAUCUCUGAUAAUAUCUUUUUUUUCUGGAGAAAGUCUUAUUUGUUUUAUUUCGGCUAGAUUAAAAGCAGCUUUUAAUUAAGAGAAAACAUUUUAAAGUCAAAAUUAUUAGCUCCUUCAAGCUAUAUUUUUUUCAGUAGUCUACAGAACAAACCAUUGUUAUAGAAUAACUUGCCUAAUUACCCUAACCUGCCUAGUUCACCUUAUUAACCUAGUUAAGCCUUUUAAUGUUACUUUAAGCUGUAUAGAGGUGUCUUGAAAAAUAUCUAGUCAAAUAUUAUUUACUGUCAUCAUGGCAAAGAUAAAAUAAACCAGUUAUUAGAGUUGAGUUAAUAAAACUUUUAUGUUUAAAAAUGUGCUGAAAAAUCUGCUCUCUGUUAAACAGAAAUUGUGGGAAAAAUAAACAGUGGGGCUAAUAAUUCUGACUUCAACUAUAUAUAAUGAGAUAUUUUGUCUUGCUUUGUGAUGAGUUGGAAAGAAAUCAUUCCUCAACUCAUUCAGAUAAACAUACACUACCGGUCAAAAGUUUAGGGUCAGUCAUGUUUUAAAUAGGGUCAGUUAAAUGUUUUAAAAUAGGCUUCUCCUGCUCACCAAGGCUGCAUUUAUUUAAUCAAAAAUACAGUACGAAUUGUAAAAUUGUGAAAUGUUAUUGCACUAUGAAAUAACUGUUCAAAAGUAGUUUAUCAUUUAAUUUAGUAAUUUAUUCAGUGAUUUUAAUUAAUUUUCAGCUUCAUUACUCCAAGCUUCAGAGUCACACAAUCCUUCAGAAAUCACUCUAUUAUUAAUUAAUUAAUUCUUAUUAUUAUUAAUGGUUAUAGUAAUAAAUGCAAUAAUUGAUUUCAUUUGAAACUACAUACAACAAGGAAUACAUAUUUUAAUAAAUAUUUAACAAUUUACCAAUUUUUUUGUAACAUUUCAUAAAUGCCGCCUUGAUGAACUGAAUAAUUUUCUUUUAAAAAAACAUGAAGAAUAAAACCCGACCCUAAACGUUUGACCAGUAGUGUAAGUAAAGCUGUUUUUCACUUGUUGUCAAGACUUAAUUUCUCAGAAUUUUAAAGGGACGGUUCACCUAAAAAUAAAAAAGGUCUUAUUAAUGGCUCAUAUUCAAGUGUUUCCAAACCUUUAUUAGUUUCUUGUUUCAGUUGAAUAUAAAAGAAGAUAUUUUGAAGAAUGCUGGGAACCGGUAACCAUGACAUUCAUAGUAGGAUUAGUAAAUGCUAUUGGAUGUCGAUAAUUACCAAACAACCUUUAUUUGUUUGUUCAUUUCCUUCAGCUUAUUUAUCAGGGGUCACCACAGCAGAAUGAACCGCCAACUUUUCCAGCAUAUGUUUUACACAGAGGAUCUCCUCAACCCAGUACUGGGAAACACCAAUACACCCUCACAUUCACACACUAUGGUCAAUUUUAGUUGAUCCAAUUCACCUAGAGGCCAUUUCAAUGUGGUCAUGUCAUUUAUCCAUGAACAUUUCCUGCUUGUUAUCAAACUGUUUGAUAACUGUAGUAAGAGGCAAUUCAAUCAUAACUUACUGUUAAAACAGCUAUCAUAACAUUAUUUAUCAAUACCAGCCGCUUUGGAUUCUGGGAAGCUACAUAGAGAUGUUAAAAAAAUAAAACAAGAAAUACGUUGGGACCAUUGUUUUUGUUUAAAUCCCUCAACAUGGUCUAUAGCGUAUGUUUUUUGACUGCGGGGGAGACCGGAGCUCCAGGAGAAAACCAAAACCAACACAGGGAGAACAUGCAAACUCCUCACAGAAAUGCCAUCUGGUCCAACCAAGACUCAAAUCAGUGAUCUUCAUGCUGUGAGGCAACAGUGCUAACCACUGAGCCACUGUGUCGCCCUUUUUUUGAUUGUUCAACAGAACAAAAGGAAUUCAAACAGGUUUGCGUGAAGUUAGAGGAGGAAAUGAUGACAGGACUUUUAUUUUGGGGUGAACUAUCCCUUGAAACUAUUCCUUGGCAAGUUUUGCUUGAAUGUCCUUCAUUAGUUAUGUGGCAUGAUACUUUCAAUUAGUGCAGAUACACUGUACACACAACAAGCCCAUGCGUUUUCACUAUUUGUAAUUUUUUUUAAAGAAUUGUUGCCAAACUAGUUAUCAUUUUUGUCUGUUUAAGCAUUCUCUUUUUUCUCUUCUCUUUUUUUAAGCUUUUGCCAUUUUCUACUAAAUGAAUGCUAUAUUUCAUGCCGCAUUUUUGUUUAACCUCAAGCAUCCUUCAUGUCUUAAUAUUAGUAUUCUUUCUGUUUAUUACUUAAACAAGAGGAAAAAGCAACAGGCUUAUAAUAGAGUUUAAUUUUGGUACUUUAAUUUGUUUAUGGGGUACUUUCUGAAACUUUUAAUACAAAAUAAUCUAUACUAUAGUGCAGUGUUUCCCAUCCUUGUUCCUGAAGGCACACCAACAGCACACAUUUCCAACUUCUCCCUUAUCAAACACACCUGAAUCAACUCAUCAGAACAUUCAAAGAAACUCCAGAAGCUGAAGUUAAUGGGUCAGAAAAGGGAGAUAUCCAAAUAUCUACUGUUGGUGUGCCUCCAGGAACAGUGUUGGGCAACACUGCUGUGGUGGAUCUUUUCAGGCAAGUAAAUGGCACAGAUAUUUGAUGAUUUCUACUAUGGUCAGGCCUACGUUUAUAGUAUCACUUGGCAUACUGUAAUGCACUAUGCCUUUGAUAUGAUAUUGAUGACAAAUUGCCAUUUGUCUGUGACUUUUAGAGGAAUGUCUGAUGAGCAUUUUUAUAAAAAAAAAAAAAAAAAGGAAAAGGUUUUGAAAUGACACAUUGUUUUGUAUUGUAAUGUCAUAACUGAAAUUGUUUCUUCUAUUUACCACUGUCUUAUGAAAAUAGUACCAAAGUAAUAAAACAAUUGUAAAACAUCUGUGUCAGAGUGGAAAGGAAUGUGACAAUGGUGGACAUUGAUUUUGUUUUUUAAGUGCAGACUUUCGUAUUUGUAUACUGCAAAUCAAUAAAUGAGUAAAAACUGUAUAUGGUACAAUAUACUAAAUAAAUGUUUUAAACUCUGA